AUGGCUGAAAUCUCUAAACCAACUUGUCAUCUUCGUUCAAUCAGUUUACCCUCCAAAACUCACCCAUUGGCGACAAGUGUCGAGGAGCGACUGGCUAAGGUUAAGGCAUCAGAAUCAGUAUGCCACAAGUUAGGCGGUCUGAAAGAUCUAUACGAAACAGUUGAUGAUUUGUUUCAAUUGCCCCACAUCCAACAGGCUCUUUCGCGGGAUAAAUCCGUUGAUGAAAUGCUCGACGGAUCUCUUCGUUUGCUGGAUGUCUGCAAUGCAGCUAGAGAUGUUUUCUUGCAGAUGAAGGAAACUAUUCAGGAGCUCGAAUCGUCUCUUCGCCGAAAAAGAACUUCAGAAUCCACCUUGGAAAAUGAAGUUAAAUCGUAUGUGACCUCGAGAAAACGAUUAAAUAAAGUAUUAAUCUCCAAGUGCUUUACGAAUUUGAAGAGAACGGAGAAGAAAUCAGAUUUGAUAGUUCCACCAAUAAUUUGCAUGCUAAAAGAGGUUGAAGACGUCAGCUUCACAGUGGUUCAAUCCUUGUUAUCUUCAUUUUGUCAGCCAGAUAAAAGAUUUACAAAAUGGAAUGUAGUUUCUAAACUGUUUCAAUCCCGGCGUGUUUCUUGCAAAGGAAACAAUGAACUGGACAAAAUGGAUGCAGAUUUGGUUUCUCUUAUUGGAAAAAAAAUUAGCCUCGAAGAACUGCAAAUUGUAAUGAAGGGACUAGAAAACUUUGAGUGUAGCAUUCAAGAAAUAGAGGAAGAAUUGGAGUGUGUGUAUAGGUUAUUACUGAAAUGUAGAGUUUCUCUCCUUAACAUGCUUAAUCACUAA